AUUAAGUUCUGUAACACCAGUUCUAUGCACAGCCUGUGCCUUUGGCUGUUCUGCUUGGAAUUUCACAGGUUCCCAAAAUCUUCAAAGGUUCAGCCAGUGUUGCCUGGAGACCUGAGCUUCCCCCUUCCCUUCUCCCUCUAACAGGUGACCAUCUUUUUCUCGGACAUCGUGGGGUUCACAAGCAUCGCUGCCUCCUGUACUCCCCUGCAAGUUGUUGAGAUGCUCAACAAUCUCUACGUCUGCUUUGACAGCAGGAUUGAGUCUUAUGAUGUUUACAAGGUGAGUACAAACCUGCAGGCAAGGAAGCUGGAAGCUGCUGCAAUCUUUCUUACUUUGAUCCUUAGGGAAUACCUAAUACACCAGGCCAGCUGGCCAAAAGCCAUGAAAUCCCAAACCUGCCAAUCCACAGGGACUACACAGCAAGUGGUGGACAGCCGAGGCAGGUUUUAUUCUGAUCUCCCUUUGAAAGUAAAGCUGGCUGCCUGCCACUUAGUGACACAUGCCCCUUCCCAUCAGGUGGAAACCAUCGGUGAUGCCUACAUGGUGGUGAGUGGCUUGCCAGAGAGGAAUGGCACCAAACACGCUGAUGAGAUUGCCAAAAUGUCUCUGGAUCUGGUGGCAGCAGUUCGCCAAGUCGUGAUCCCUCAUAUGCCAAUGGGCAGACUACAGCUGCGGGCUGGGAUACACACAGGUAUGCGGGCUGAGGUGGAGCCAGGAGAAAAGGAGAAUAAGACACAGACUAAUUGUGUGAGAAGAAUUCUGCAUUUCUGUGCAAGCCAUUGACUCUCUGAAGGA